AUGCUCAACGUGAAGAAACCGAAGCGGCCGGUGUUCAGAGGCGAAGGUGCGACGGCCAUGUUCGAGGUGCAGAUCAUGAGCGACCUCCACCUCGAGUUCCCCAACGCCCUCGCGCACCUGCCCUCCUUCGAACCUCGCGCCCCCUACCUCGCACUGCUCGGGGACAUAGGCCACCCGAAGAAGGAGAACUACUUUGCAUUCCUGGCGGCGCAAGCGGCUCGGUUCGAGCGCGUGUUCGUCGUCACCGGCAACCACGAAUACUACACCUCCGACCGAGACACGGUGCAUAGGCAGAUCAGUGAGUUUUGCAGCACGUUCGACAACCUGCACUUUUUGCAAAUGAGCUCUGUGCUCCUCGAAGAUAACGGGCACAAGGUGCGCGUUCUGGGGACCACCUUGUGGCACCACUGCCCGGAGAAGGACAUCGGGCAGGUCGAGCGCACCCUGAACGACUACGCCAUGAUCGGGGUGCCCAGCACCACCCCAGAGGGUGCGCCAAAGAAGCGCAAGCUGCGGGCGGCGGACACGAACAGCUGGCACGCGGAGGAGGUGGCCUGGCUCAAGGCCGCCAUCGCCGAGGCUGAGGCCGCGGGCGAGGCCGUCGCCGUGCUCACCCACCACCUCCCCUCCAACAACAGUUCGAUCGCCCACUUCCGCCCUCAAGUGACCAACUUUUUCCUCACUCACGCAAGUUGGUUUGCAGUGCUUUCGGGCGGGCUGGGCUUUAGUACCGACCUUGAGGACGUGAUCAAGUCGCCGCUCAUCUUCUGGGGCUACGGUCACACAAGGAAGACGGUUGACGUUGCAAUGCAGCACAAGAGUCACCAGACGGUGAUCAAUGGGGUCAUGGUGGCCUCCAAUCAGAGGGGCUACUUCAUGGCGCCGCCCGAAAAGGCCGGCUUCUCCCCCGAGUUUGUGGUCACCAUCGACCAUGACCGCCAGAGUUACAUCAUGCGAAACGACCCAGCUAAGACCAACCAGCAGGACUGA